AUUGGAAAUAUCAGAAGUCCGCUCUCCGCUGAAAAACGGAAACUACUGUCAAAAAUUAAACUUGUUUAAUAAAUACCGUUUUGUAAUGUCAUUUUCUACUUUUUACACAAAUUAAUAUACAAUAGGAUCCUAGCGUUUGGCAUUAAUUACAAGGAGAAUUAAUAUUCUGAAGGAAUAAUUAUACAUACAGUUUAAUUAAGAUGUCUGGAUCACUGAAACCGUAUUUGACAGCCGUGAGGCGAACACUGACAGCCGCAAUGUGUGUGGAAAAUUUUUCAUCUCAAAUUGUCGAAAAGCACAAUAAACCAGAAGUUGAAGUUAGAGCAAGCAAGGAACUUCUCUUGACUCCAAUUCUCAUCAGUAGAAAUAAUAAGGAGAAAAUUUUAAUUGAAUCGAGUAUAAAUAGUAUGCGAAUCAGCAUUGCUGUUAAACAAGCCGAUGAUUUGGAAAAAAUUCUCUGUCAUAAAUUCACAAGAUUUAUGAUGAUGCGAGCUGAAAAUUUUAUGAUUCUACGCAGGAAACCCGUCGAGGGUUUCGAUAUUAGUUUUCUGAUCACGAAUAUUCACACCGAACAAAUGUACAAACACAAAAUUGUCGAUUUCGUCAUUCAUUUCAUGGAGGAAAUUGAUCGAGAAAUUAGCGAAAUGAAACUUUCAAUGAACGCCAGAGCUCGUACGUGUGCAGAAGAAUUUUUAAAGAAGUUCUAGUCGAAGGAGGAGUAACGGAAAUGUAAAAUGAGUCAUUACCAAUGAAAGGAAAACGAGUAUCCCGUCGAAUAUUUUGUUCUCAUCUCAUUUUUUACUACGUGUUGAUAACAAAUAUGCUCUAAGCACAAAGGCUAAUUAUAAGUAAGUUUUUUUUUACGUUGGUGCAAUUAUAAAUUAAUUAUAAAUAUUAGUUUAUUGUCCGUUUACUAUAUAAAGAAUGAAAAAAAAAAACAGGGAGUGCUCUACGAACAAUUAGUUCACUUUUUUAAAGUGAAAAAAGAAAAGAAUGAGAAAAAGAGCAUUUACUAUAUUUACAAAAUGUAAUUGUAGCUAAUUUUACUCUAUUUUAAAAUUAAUAUUCACCUGUUUGAAAAUUUACACAGUGAAUGUUAUUUUUACAGACACAUGAAAUUUUUUUGUUAAUGAUUUAUUUUUUUGUUUUAAUCAAAAUUAUUUUUAUUCUAAUUUACAUGAUGGAUAAAACAGGGAUUUAGCGAUUUUAACACAGUAUUAACGAAUACAAAGGAAAAAUAUUUCGACUAAAGAUUGUAAUGUCUGCACGUUACUUUAAAUAUGAUACUUUCUUUUCAUCGAAUUGAGAGUUUCGAAUUUUUACAAAAAAGAAAAGGUCGAAUUAUGACAUUUUCUUACCAACAAUGAAUCGAAAAGAAUAUUCUCUUUUCAUAAAAAAAAAUAGAAGAAAAAAAAUGAGGUAGAGAAAUUUGUACUGAAUUUCGCCUGUUGAAUGCUAACGGAGUAAUUAAAAAAAUAAUAAAUAACUGUAAUUAUGAAAGGUUAAUGAACGUUGGGUGUGAGCGAAUUGAAUGGGAUAAAUGAAAUAUAGUUUUCAUUAUAAUUGCUCAAUUAUAUUCGCAAUUGCUGUUAAUUAGCUUACUCAAUAACCGUUUUUUGUAUAAAAAAAAAGAAUAAUAAGAUUUUGAUUUAAAUGUCGAAGAGGUCACAAAACAUUGUUGAAAAUUCAACUUCAAAUAAAAAUAGAUGUCAUAUUAACUGCCAAAACUAAUAUGAGAAAUGAUUUAUUAUAAAACUAGAAUUAGUAAAUUAAUUAAUUAUAGUUAAUUAAUAUUACUGAAACUAUAAGAUAUAUGCGGUUAAGAUUUGCAGUCAUAGUUUGAAAUUGUUACUGCUAAAUUUUAAAUCUACGUCUAUAUAUCACCGUCUUAUAUUUAUAAUAAACUUCGAUUUAGAAAUUAA